GUUGUUUCUUGUGGAAUGACAGGUGUCAUGUGUUUUAUUUUGUAGGGUCAAGCGGAAACCGUCGUGGCUAUUGCUAACAUUUUGCUAACGUUGCUGCAAAAGCUCCGCUUCAUGCAGAGAAGCGGAUGCUGCGUGUCUGAAACGACGAAAUUAAGGAUGUAACAGUCCAUCAUCAGCUCGUAAUUUGUCUCUCGUCUCUUCCGUCGCUGUUGAGGGAAACAUGAUGACAUUAGUAACGUUGACGAACAAAUAUCGCACGCAAAGUCCGCUGUUUCCGUUGAUGACCGAAGAUCCCGCCUUCAAAGAGAGUCACGCCUAUCAGUGAUGGUUAUGGAUGAUGAUGGACGUCCCCAUAGCCAAUCAGAGCCACACAUUCUGCCAGUGGGCGGGACAGAACGGCUGGUCCACAGUGCCACCUCCGGAACUCCUCUGCAACCCUCUACUCAGCGUUCAGGAUCUCAGCCUGGGGUCGCCCUCUGACCAGAGCUGCCCGAGCCACAUGAACGCCCUUUCAUCUUAUCACAAUAUGGGCUUAGCUAAUAAUGCUGAACAGUCUGGGCUGCAUUUUAUUCCCAAUGCUCACGUUUCAACCAUGGCUCCACAUGCAAGCCAAGAUAGAACUCUACCUCCAGGUUCUUUGCCUCUUUUGAACACAGGAACACAGCCCUGCAAGCCACAACAGAUGUCACCGUUCCCUCCUCUCACACCUCACCAGGCAACAUCUCCCACUUCUCAGCCUCUGUACACAGACCAGGGUUCACGGAAUGGACCUCUGUUACCACAUCAAAAUCAUCUGCACACGAAUCCACAGUGUACACCAUACACGGCAAAUAUGGAGACUGCACAUCAUGCAAGAUAUAUCCACAGUCCUGCCUCACCCGUGUUUCCCAUCCAACAGCAUAAUCAGUGGACACCUUCUCCGCACUCCAGAGGAACCAUGAAUGAGAUUGUUCCCAGUGUGGCUCCACAGGACAGAAGCAUCAUUCCACAGUCUCCUAACUCCGAAUCCAGAUAUGGCCUGGACCCAGAGAUCCUGCCCAGUGCGGUGGAGGUGAUUGCAGAGGACAGGGCAGAGUGGGAGGGCAAGGUUUUUGUCUCAGAGCCUUUUUCACAUCUUCCUCCUCUGGCAACUACUUCCUGUAUGGUCGAAGACCAGGGUAACGCAAGCCCUUCUGUCAUCCGUGCCACCUCAUACUGUGUGCCCUGUGAAGGUCAGACUGCCCUGCUCUGUCGUUUGCCUCUGGGAGCUCUGGUCACUCCUCUCGCAAAACAAAUUACUGGACAGAAGCCCCUCCCACUCUGCAGAGAGUCAGACUGUAUGUUGGGUUGUAGUAGUUGUGGAGCCUCCAUGUGCCCGGGGAUGAGCUGGCAGGACUGCGGUCAGAGAUUUUACUGCCCCUUCUGUGGUAAACUCAGCGAAGUGCCGUGGCAACACUACCAGCCCACCAAAGGGGUGGAGGGGGCCCGGGUCGAUAAAGACAAGAGACCUGAACUCAGCAUGGGAUCGUAUGAGAUACUUGGUUCGGAGAGGGGUGAAGCUGCUGCACUGCUGCUGGCCAUAGAUGUGUCUGCCUCAGCACUGAGAGGAGGACAUCUGGAGUUUGUAACACAACAAUUACACAUGCUGCUCACUUCUAUGAACAGGGAGGAUGGCAUUGCCUUGUCAAGUGUCCGCGUUGGCUUGAUGACGUAUGACAGCAGGAUCCACUUGUACGACCUCAGCCCCACUCUGUCCCGUCCACACAUGCUGGUCAUCACAGACACUGAAGACCUGCAGCUUCCUGUGAGGGAGGGGCUUCUGGUGUCCUUUAAAGACUGUGUACACAGCGUCGAGAGUGUGUUGCAGCUUAUUCCUCAGUUCAGUGCAGAGUGUGAUGACUCGAGUGGAGUUCCCAUGGAGCUGCCUGUCAAAGCUGGACUUGCUAUACUACAGGCUCUGGGUUGUCCUGGUAAGCUGCUGAUCUUCCACACUGCCUCCUUUAUUGAGACUGAACUCAGCAACUCCUCCUCAGGGUUUUUUGGCUCUAAUAAACCAAAGACCAUUUUCCAGCCAUCAGAGCCAGAUGUCUCACUGGCCAAAGAGUGUGUCCGCCAAGGUUGCGGCGUUCACCUGUUUGUCCUCUCCAAUCAAGAUGUGGGCGGGGCCUGGCCAGGACACAUUCCAUAUCUAACUGGUGGUGCUCUGCACACCUACAGCCAUCUCCAGGGAGAAUUGGACAGAGAGCGCUUCAGCACUGAUCUUAACAGAACUGUAGAGAUGGACACCGCCUACAAAGCUGAACUCAGGAUUUUUGUCAGCAAAGAUUUACGCGUGUCUGGCUGUUAUGGACUUUUCAACCCGGGACCUAGCCCCAGCCAGGUCACCAUGGCAACCCUUGAUCAGUGGACAACACUGGGGGUGGAGCUUGCCCACACCAGAGCUCUGGAUGAGACUAGAGGUGUAGCCAUACAGACUGUAUUGUCUUACAGCAGCCAGACGGGAGACAGAAGGACCAGGGUUCACACUCUUACCCUGAGAUGCUCUCGUCACCUGCAGGACUCUUUCCGCCACUGCCAGGCCCAAACGCUGCUCACCCUCUACUGCAAGAAGAUGUACUGUGCUGUGUUGGAGCGCCCUCUACAGGAGCUGAGGGAGGAGCUGCAGAUGGAGAUAACAGAAGCGCUGUCAUUGUACAGAAAACACUGCUCCUCUACCUCGGUUUCUACUGGACAGCUGGUCCUUCCUCAGCACCUGCGAGCUCUUCCUGUGUACAUCAACAGUCUCAGGAAGAGUGAGGUGCUACUGCCGGGUCUGAGGACCUCCGUCCACCAGCGGCUGCAGCAACGCUGCCAGGUGCUUGGCCUGGACACCUGCGGCACCGUCACACAUUUCUACCCUCUGGUGCUGUCUAUCCCCCUCGCAAACAACAACUCCAACCCUCCAGACGCAGAGCGGACGCUGCGCUGCAGUGCUGUCAGCCUGGAGCCCACAGCUCUGUGUUUGGUCCACGCUCCGCUCGCGCUGCUGCUGUGGGUGGGAAACCAAGUCCCAGCAAACGUCCUGGCUGAGGCCUUUAACACGAGCUGCUUCCUCUCCCUGCCUUCUGGAGAGACUAAGCUGCCGGUUCUGGAAAACCGUCUGUCAGUCAGUAUCCGAUCCCUCAUCAACACGCUGAACUCUCAGGUGCCCUGGGCGCGUGAGCUGUGGGUCGUGAAGCAGGGCGACGCCUGUGAGGAGGCUCUGCAGCGCCACCUGGUGGAGGACAAGAGUCCAAACGGAGGAGCGUCCUAUGCAGACUUUCUCUACCAUCUCCACGUCAACUCUGUCCGCCUGCUGCAGUGACCAAAAACAGGAGCGGGACUAAAGUUAAACUGCUGCUCAUUGGGGAUAGUAAAGUCCUGUCGUCCAUAACAACAUUUCAGAAUACACAUAUAUUUAUUGCUAUUUAAUGCCUGCUGUGAUGUAAUAUGUGUGACAGGUGCUGUGAUGAAUCUGUUAAUGUAUGUUCGUGUGUCACAGCAGUUUGGCAAUCCCUGCCUGAGAUUAUGCAUGUGUGUGUGUGUGUGAGAGAUGCAUACAGUUGUGCAUAAUCUCCUGUAAAUAAUAAAAGAUUUAACUGAA